GUUACCAAGGCGAAAAUGGGAAAGAUCAUCUUCUACGAGGACAGGAACUUCCAGGGUCGGCACUAUGAGUGCAGCACUGACUGUGCCGACCUGUCCCCUUACUUCAGCCGCUGUAACUCCAUCCGUGUGGAGAGUGACUGGUGGGUGGCGUACGAGAGACCCAACUACAUGGGGUACCAGUAUGUCCUGAACAAGGGGGAGUAUCCUGACUACCAGCGCUGGAUGGGAUUCAACGACAACAUCAGGUCCUGUCGCAGCUACCCUCAUUACCAGGGAGGCAACUACAGGAUGAAGAUUUACGAGAGGCCUGACUUUGGAGGACAGAUGAUGGAAUUCAUGGACGACUGUCCCUCCGUCUACGAUCGUUUCCGUAACCGUGACAUUCACUCCUGCCACGUGAUGGAUGGUCACUGGAUCUUCUAUGAACAACCCAACUACAGAGGCCGACAGUACUUCAUGAGACCCGGGGAGUACAGGAAAUACAAUGACUGGGGCGGAUACAACUCCUCUAUCGGGUCUUUCAGGCGCAUGAGGGACUUCUAAAUUGUUGCUCUUGAAAAUAUAAUUUCAUGUUGUUGAAAUAUCUACAGAGGUAAUAAAAUACCUUUUAUGACA